AUGUCUAAUGGAAACAUAUCACUCAACUAUACAUCAGGAGGUGCUAAUGAUCCGGUAAAUCCAUUUCAUUAUAUGCCUUCAAUGGCUGCCGCCGUCGUAUCUCUAGUCUUCUACAUGCUGUUGUUCGUUGUUCUCACGAGUUGGACGAUCUGGAAACGAAGCUGGUACAUGAUUACACUUUUGAUUGGAUGCAUUAUGGAAAUCAUUGGCUACGGGAUUCGUAUUCACCUAGCAUCGAAUCCAUUCGGACAAAUCCCUUUAUAUUCAUCUAUGCAUGCUAGUAUCAUCCUUGCGCCUAUAUUAAAUGCUGCCGUCGAGUAUGUUUUAAUUGGUCGGUUAAUGCAUGCUGUAGGUGAUCAUUAUUCUUUGGUCAAACCGAAACUGGUUGCCUGGAUUUUUAUCGUUUGUGACAUUAUCUCAAUGUUAGUUCAAUCAACUGGUGCUGGGAUACUCACCUCAGCUGGAACGAAUUUAAAGAAUUUAGAAACUGGAGAGAAUAUUCUUCUGGGUGGUCUUGGUGUCAAUCUCGCCUCAUUUACGCUAUUUUGUUUACAACUCUUCUAUUUUGACUAUCUUACAAGAAAGUCACCUCCCGUUUUUCUAAACGGUAGUAUCUAUCAGAGACGUUGGCGACUAUUUCUUUAUGUAAUCUAUAUCAGCAGCUUCUUCGUGUUGAUUCGACAAAUCUAUCGUGUAAUUGAAUUUGCUCAAGGCUUCACUGGUUAUUUAGCAGUACAUGAAGUCUACUUUUAUAUCUUCGACACUAUACCGAUUUUCGUAUCCGGUACAGUCUACGCUGUUUUUUUCCCUGGCAAUGGUUAUUUACCACGAAACACAAAUGAAACGUUCGCAAUUAUGGAGAACAAUGAACAGAAUCUAAAACAAUCGAAUAAUAACAAUAACAACGUUAGCGCUUCUCGGAAGGAUCUUGUUCUUGAUGGUAUGUCCUAA